AUGCACCCGGCCGCUUCCACGCCAGCCUUGACCCUCACAUAUGCAGUCGGGUACCUGCCUGAGAUCAUCAUCCUUGCCCUUCCGGUUCCUUGUGGAGUUGCUCAAGCAAUCGCCUGCCUUCAAGCUUGCAGGACUGACAUGUUGGCUGACAGAUUUCCUGAGCUUAUUCCCGUCCAUCCACAACCAUGCUCAGACUGUGCAGCUUUCGUUGCCACACCCAAUUGGGGAGACACAAGAGUUGUUGUGUUGCUCGAUGGUCGUAGAAUUGAUGGUCGUGUCUUCUCUGCUGCUAUCCAUCACACCAUCAACCGCGAGUCGUUGUUACUCGCAGCUGGUUAUCCCCACUGUGCCCCGUUCCAAAUUUUCGUUCACGGCUUGCUUACUCCCCUGCAACCGUACCAGUCCAUUACGGUGACACAGGGUAUGCUGAUCAUCUUUGCACCUAGUGACGUCGGUGCCCCAGCAUACUCAGCGCUGCAGGACAUGUUGCAGGAUAGGGCGAACUGGAGCCUUGAUGUUGCCAUCCCUGGACCAGUUGCCUACCCUGGGAGUCAUUUUCGGGUUUUGACAGACGGCAUGCCGCUGACAUUCAAAGUUGAGAGUGGGCGUAGGGUGACGGUCCAGAUGAAGAUGGUCAUGAUGGGACAAGUGGCAGCACCCACGGUCGACGCAAUCGCAACCAAAAGUACCAGGCAGCAUCAGGGCAGGACGAACGUCAUCGCAGCAGGUCACCCAGACCUGGGCCUGGCUCUGGCGUGCCACAGGCAUCCCAUGAGCCACGAGAUACUGGCAGUCGAGCUCCCACCCGAGCUGCUCCUGACAGCGCUCAUGCCACACACAACCAGGAGCCAAGAGGAACUUCAGGUCCCAUCCACAGAUUGCGAAGACGUUGUGUCCACCAUGCUGACCAUAGACCGGCUGUGGCAGGGCCGAACUUGUAGAGCUGUUGUCGCAGUCGGCGAACGGGAUGCCCCAGCCGACGAGGGUUGGACAGUCUCUUUUGUCGGGAUUGAGCAGCACUGGGACUGGACCUGGUUCGCCCACGGCCAAGUCAUUGUGGCAUACUAUGAAGCUGAACCAGCCGAAGGCAGCAGCAAACUUAGCUUGCAGAACGCGCUUGGACCCACGCAGUUCUAUGACCUAACAGCUGCCUCCAUGCCCUCCCCUUUUGACAUCAAUGAAGUCGUUGAUGUAUUGAGCGGCAUAUGGGUCCUCCCACCCACGCUCCCAGAUGGCAUACAACUCCAUCCCGCGACUGCUCAGGUUUGGCCCAGCCUCGUGCCGGCUGAUCUUUGCAUUGCAUCUGGUUUGUCUAAGAUCGCCGUCUAUACUGAUGGUUCUUAUGAUGGGAGCAGCAGUUCUUGGGCUUUCGUUGCUAUCGGGCAUUCCGCAGCCGGCUCUGCCCUUCUUGCAUGGGCCCGGGGUCAGGUAGCAGUUAACGAUGAGGAGUACAGUAUAGGCGCCACCGAGCACAGUGCUGUCAAUGGCGAACGUACUGCUGUUUUCUGGGCCCUUGGGUGGCUUCUUUGCAUUUCCCAGCAAACUCCAAAGGAGUUGUACAGUGACUGCCUUGUCGCUGCACGUCAGGCUAGUGGCCAAUAUGGUGCAUCCUCACAGUGCGUUGCUGCCAAUGCUUGCCGUUCUCUCUCCCAGGUCCACGAGGCUCUUGGUUGUGGAGAUGCAGUGCUCAUAAGCCAUGUCAAAGGCCACGACGGCCACCCUUUCAAUGAACUUGCUGAUGUGCUGGCCGGAGCUCAGAAUGUGCCUAAGUCCGCUCUCCCCCGUCACCUUCUUCACUUGUGUGAGUGGGCAAGAGGACGUUCCCUAGAAUGGCUAUGGCUCACUGUUGCUGCCAUCAAGAGCCCUGGCACGUUUCCCCAGUAUACUGGCCAAGCCCUCCAAGACCGGGUUGGGCAUGCAGAUCUUGGACCGCUCAGACUCUGUCCGAGCGCAGCCUUUGGUGCUGCCUUCGCCAAGACAGACGCCGGGCCUCCUGCUCAGGAUUUUCGGUUCUAUGCCAGGUUUGUUUCAGUUAAUGUGCAGACCCUUGGCGAAGACUCAGCUGCACAAGCCAAUCGUACUCCCUUUGUACGUGAACAACUCGAGUCUGUAGGCUGUUUGUUUGCUGGUCUGCAGGAAACUAGGGCCAAAUCUACUGCGACUGUCACCUCCCAGAGCCACUACAGGUUUCUGUCAGCCAGUGAUGCUCAGGGUAACCUAGGCGUUGAAUUAUGGGCCUCCAGAACAGUUCCCCUUGGAUGGACUGCCAAUAGGCCGGUCUACUGCGACCUUUCAGAUUUCUGUGUGCUUCACUGGUCUCCGCGGUGCUUGAUUACCAGAUUUGCCAAGGGCACUUUCAGACUGCUUCUAGUAGUUUGUCAUGCUCCAACAGCUGAACAUGCACAGAGAGACACGUGGUGGCGGGAGUUUGUCGACCGAGUGAUACAGUGCGCAGGGCACGACAAAGUUGUAGUUCUUGGCGACCUCAACUCGCGCCUUGUUCAUCCUGUCCCACACCGUGUUGGAGAUUUACUGUGGGAGCAGUCGCAUGAACCACCCCCGCCUUUCUUUCGUUUGUUAGCAGCGCUUGAUCUUUGGGUACCUGCCUCUUAUACGGCCUGUCACCAAGGUCUGAGCCACACUUGGGUUUCUCCGAGUGGAGCGUCUGUCUCCCGAAUCGACUACAUCUUGAUUCCUACUGCCUGGCACGUCGCCCCGGCAGGAUCGCAGGUUCUUUAUUCUGUAGAUUUCGGGCAGUCCGGUCUCGACCAUUAUGCUGUCAGACUUGAUGUUGAUGUCAUGCACACAACUGGUGGACUCGCACACCGUGUCAUUGGCACGUUUGACAAGGCCCGGCUUCUCCAGGAUGAAUCACAGCCUGAGCUUCAUCGGAUCUGCUCUACUGUACCUGAAAUUCCGUGGGAGGUCGACCCACAUACCCACUAUCAAAGAGUUGCUGAAUACCUUCACGAGCAGCUCGCCCUUGCCUUCCCCAAACAACGCACAGUUCGGCGGCGCACCUUCUUUUCUGACACCACAUGGACCAUGCGUCAACAGCGAGUUUGGUGGCGACGGCAAGCCCACAAGCUCAGCCUUGCAGUUAAGAAGGGCCCUCUUGCCUGGGCCGUUCAGGCCUGGCAUGCCGGAUGUUCUUGGCGUUCUGCCGCACUUGCCAACCUUGCCGGCCUUCUUUCAGACAUUGCUGGCUUGCGCAAUGCAGUUAAGGAGCUUAGGUCUCUUAAACCUGCCUUCUGUGCCUCCCUUUUUGCUGACCGUAAAGCGCACCUUUCAGCUGUUGCGGACCUUGCACGGCAAUCUGCUGUCAAGGACGUUGUCGCCAAAAUGCGCCCACUUAUCGGACCACCUAAACGGCGACAAAGGGGCGCUUUGCCUUUACCUGCUGUUCGCCUUGAGAAUGGUGACCUUGCCUCAACACCCACAGAGGUUGAGGAGCGCUGGGUCCGUCAUUUUAGUGCGGUCGAGUUUGGCGAGCCUCAGCAUCCAGAUGACCUUAUUGCAAACUGUCUGCGUCGGCAGGCCCAAACCGAUCUCGCCGACAUAGAAAUUGACCUUGCCGAGCUGCCUUCAAGACUUGAGCUAGAAGCAGCCAUGCGGGCAGCGCGUACUGGAAGAGCUGAGGGCAACGAUGCUCUGCCAGCUGAGAUUUGGAAACUCCAAGCCUCAGUCCUAUCGCAGGUCCUUUACCCAGUUAUGUUGAAGACCGCUUUUCGCCUCACCGAACCCCUGCAAUUCAAAGGAGGGUCUAUGCAUAAGAUAUGGAAAGGCCGUGGUCCGAUGCAAGACUGUGAAAGCUACAGAGGCAUCCUUGUCUCUAGCGCAGCCGGCAAGUGUAUUCACGGUGCCUUCCGCAAAAAAUGCGCUGAAUGGUACGAGGCACUUUCCACCCCAAUGCAACUCGGAGGUAGGCGGGGCUUUCCGGUCCAAUUAGCUUCGCAGGCAGCCCGCGCCUUUCAGGCUGCUGCUCUGCGCAAAAAGCUCAAUGUCGCCUUGAUCUUUUUAGAUCUCCGUGAGGCAUUCCAUCGGGUCGCGAGACCCCUUGUACACGGUGGAGAACUUGAUGACGAACAUAUCGCCCACAUGCUUGCCUCGUUUGGCAUUCCUGCAAGUGGCAUGGAAGAACUCAGAACAUAUGUUCGUGAUCGGGCUUUAGUCAGGGAUGCAGGUGCGUCACCUUGGGCUGCUGCCCUCCUCGGCGAAUUUCAGUCUGAUACCUGGUUCAAUAUUAAAGGACAUCUUGCGAUAGUCCAAGCAGGUACCCGCCCGGGUGAUUCAUUAGCUGACGUCGUGUUUUCCUUCCUUUUCGCUGCUGUGUUGCGCCGCCUUCGGCAAGCGUUGCUCAAUGCAGGUAUUUCCGUUAUGCUUCCAUGGCAUGCCACAUGGGAAGGUCAACUCCAGCCACAACCAGCUCAGCCAGACGACAGCGUUGCACCCAUUGACGUGUCAUGGAUGGACGAUCUUGCUCUUCUGUUGUGGGCAAACACAACAGACAGCCUCAUCGCAGAUGUCACCACUGCGUCUGAGCUCCUCCUUGAUGAAUGCCUUCGCGCCUUACUUCACCCCAAUCUCGCGCCAGGUAAGACUGAAACGCUCCUCUCGCUUUUUGGUCCAGGCUCUCGCAAGACACGAGCCCAGCUUUUCAAGGACAAGGACCCCGGGUUGCCGCUUUUGCCACAAUUACAUCCACCGGCACGUAUGCGCCUCGUCCCUCGGUAUAAGCAUCUCGGGGGUGUCCUACACUGGAAGGGCACUCUUUCCAUCGAGCUUCGGGUACGUGUUGCCCAAGCAUGGCAGGCGUUUAGGAAGCAUCGACGGGCAGUCUUUAUUUCUCCGGUAGCCACGCACCGAGAAAAAGCCUUGUUGUUUCAGUCCCUUGUUGCCUCCACCCUCUUCUAUGGUGCCGGCACAUGGAUUUACCGGUCAGCCUCUGAACUUGACAUGUUACAUGGUGCACAAUUGUCAAUGGCAAGGCAGAUGUUGCGACCGACAUACCGCCUCGAGGAUGCCUUCCACCUGAGUGCCGGCCGUGUCCUGGCUACAGCUCGCCUUCCAUCCGUGACUGUUGAGCUACAUGCAGCUAGAUUGCGCCACCUUGCUCUUGUCUUUCGCAAAGCGCCUACCGAAUUUUGGGCCAUUUUGCACUUUGACGGAUGCUGGAACCAGCUCGCUCUCGAUUCUAUUCAAUGGAUUCGGGAAGUGUUUGCCAAGACUGGCCCUGAGCACCCAGACCUUCAGAACUGGUCAACAGUUUCAGAACUCAUCCAAGCACGUCCCCAAACUUGGAAGAGAAUCAUUUCCCGCGCUGUCUCCAUCUCCAUGCUAUGCGAGCUGUGGGAGUCUGAGGUUGCCCAAUACAGGGGUCUGCUGCUUCGGUUUUUGCUUCAGAAAGGAGCUCUUCUUUCAUCCGGGGCACACGAGGUUGCUGGUAAGCCUGAAAUUUGUGCCCCAUGCCAGCAGGUGUUUCCGAACCUGCGCUGCUGGAGCCAUCAUGCUUUCAAAUGCCACGGUAGAGUGCGUGAAGAGCGAUUUUACGCCGCCGGCACACAAUGCCGAGUCUGCCUGCGCCACUUUGCUACCAAUUUUAGGCUCUGCAACCAUUUGCGUCAUUCCAAGACUUGCCUUGCCACCCUGGUUUCCACUGGGAAAGUUGGGCCGGUUCAGCCGGGCAAGGGAAGCAAACGUUUCCAAGCUGGGGAGGACUCUAUCUGCCCCGUCGUCACAGCUGCAGGUCCACGCCAACAGGCCCAAGCCAGCGAUUAUGUCCCUGAAAGCCUUCGGGCUGACGAAGGGAUUUUAGAGGCACUUGAAGAUGUCUAUGCACACCCAAUGCCCUUCCAAGAACUUUCUGCUCUUGUAGAAGUUGUUAAGGGAUGCUUCGGACGUUCUUGUCUUCAAAUCUCUAGGCUCAAGGCCACGGCAGCUACCUGGCGUAGCAACCUAAAAGCAGAGCUUGAUCGGUGCGAUGAUGUUCCACUUCAAUGGGCUGCUUGGCAUACACACCUCGCUGACAAGUUGUGCGAGGUUGAUUUUGCCUCAUGGCUUGUCCCAGAGCCUGCAGGCGCCAAUUCGCAGGUCUCGACUUUCCGUGAUGCUUCAACAGUGUUACCUGGCCUUGUACUCGAUUUAGUGCAGUUGCCUCCGUGCGACCCAGGUGACUUUCCUCACACAUGGGUGUGUGCCGCUGCCCCACCCUUUGGAUUUUCUGGAACGGGUGGGACGGAGACCUUUGUGUCCCAUGCUACUUGUCUUGCUGAUCCGGGCCUGCUUGACUUUGACUCCUGGAGUCGGACUUCGACUUCGGUAAGAGGCUUUUGUCUGGUUGGCCUGUUGCUCGACUUGUGCUGCCCCACACCCAUGCGUUCCUACCGGCAACUUCAGCCGCACCUUCGCAAGUUCCGGCUUUUUGCUGACAUUGUCCGGGGAACUGUGCUGCUUUGGACUUCCGGCUGCCCUGCCUUCCUGGUUGUCCCUCCAUUCGCAUGCCCCGGCAUCGAAGCUGUGCGACGUCUUGCCAUCUACAGCUGCAAAGGAAGCAAGGGCGAUAUUCUCGCCAACUUCCAUGGAGCAGCGCGACUCACCAACUGUUUCACCCUUUAA